AUGGUUUAUGGCGAAACUUCUGGUCGAUUUGGCAGAUCAAUUUCUAAUGUCGUCAUCGAUAGAAUAAACAACAAAGGAGACGGCUCGAUUAAAGAUGUGCCUGUAAUUCUAAAGGCUCAUCCGGACUGCGCUAAAGCCACGGAUAUCAUCAGCCUUGAUAAGAAGAUCUCCGAUCUCACCUGGUCGAUUGCUGAAGCUCAAAGGUCAUGGAAUGUUACCAUGGUGUCCAAAUUUUUGGCGUACGAAAAGAGGAUCAAUUUACUACAGCUAAAUUUGAAUAUGGAUCCUCAACAAAUGCUGGAAAAGGUUUGUCGUACAUUGACAAGAUGGACCAAAAACAAGUUUUACUUGAAUUUGACCAACUCAAUCAAGAUCCACGCCAAUCACAAAACGUCACAGGAAUAUAUCUGGGGUACAAUCAAAGAGUUUUGCAAUUGUGUCUAA